UGGCGCCGGCAGCUCGGGCAGCCGGGCCUAAGCCGGACAAGCAGCGCCGCGGGAGCAGGGCGGGGGCUGCGGGGCUCACUAAGGAGGCGGUAGGGCCAGGCGGGGCGGGGCACGCGGGGACGCGGCGCUUGUGUCCCCGCCCCGCACGCUGCUCGGCGGGGUGGCCGCUUGUGGCUGGCGGACCGGCGCGGGCGCAGCGGAGCGCGCUGGCGGCCUUGGCCCCCACGGGAGCGCGGCUGCGGCGCUUGAAACCGUGGGCGACCGGUGGGCGGGAGUCCGCCUUUCGCCUGCGUCGCUGCCUGAGCGGGAUCGCCUUCCCCAGGGAUGUGAGGGAUCGCGGCUUGGCCGGCUGGGUCCCGAGCGCCGCGGAGGCCGGCUGCAGACGCUCCACCCACUUUGGCCUGGACCUUGGCUCCAGGGGCUAAAAAUAAUUGCCCAGAGGCUCCUGAGAGGAAUCAGAUCGCGCUAAGUAGGGCACAACGCAGAGGCAACAGAGCUCCUUGGCCCCAGGGCGCCCGGAGCAGUCUCAGGAGCGUGGUCCCGCCCACGCCCGAGUCGGCACCUAGAGCUCUCCCUCCGCCGGCCAGGGGUGUGUGGAGGCCAGUAUGAAGCUGAAAAAGCAGGUGACAGUGUGUGGGGCUGCUAUCUUCUGCGUGGCAGUCUUUUCGCUGUACCUUAUGCUGGACAGAGUACAGCAUGAUCCCACCCGACACCAGAAUGGUGGGAACUUCCCACGGAGCCAAAUUUCUGUGCUGCAGAAUCGCAUUGAGCAGCUGGAGCAGCUGUUGGAGGAGAACCAUGAAAUUAUCAGCCACAUCAAGGACUCUGUGCUGGAACUGACAGCCAAUGCAGAAGGCCCACCCGCUCUGCUGCCCUACCACACAGCCAAUGGAUCCUGGGUGGUGCCCCCGGAGCCCCGGCCCAGCUUCUUCUCCAUCUCCCCCCAGGAUUGCCAGUUUGCUUUGGAGGACCGGGGCCAGAAGCCAGAGCUACAGAUGCUAACUGUGUCAGAAGAGUUGCCAUUUGACAAUGUGGAGGGCGGCGUUUGGAGGCAAGGCUUUGACAUCUCCUACAGCCCACAUGACUGGGAUACUGAAGACCUGCAGGUGUUUGUGGUGCCCCACUCACACAAUGACCCAGGCUGGAUCAAGACCUUUGACAAGUACUACACGGAGCAGACCCAACACAUCCUCAACAGCAUGGUAUCCAAGCUACAGGAGGACUCCCGGCGGCGCUUCCUCUGGGCAGAAGUCUCCUUCUUUGCCAAGUGGUGGGACAACAUCAAUGCCCAAAAGAGAGCAGCAGUCCGAAGGCUGGUGGGAAAUGGGCAGCUAGAGAUUGCAACAGGAGGCUGGGUGAUGCCAGAUGAGGCCAACUCCCACUACUUUGCAUUGAUUGACCAGCUCAUUGAGGGACACCAGUGGCUGGAGAGAAACCUUGGUGCAACCCCACGCUCUGGCUGGGCAGUGGACCCAUUUGGACACAGCUCCACCAUGCCUUACCUGCUGCGCCGUGCCAACCUGACCAGCAUGUUGAUCCAGAGGGUACAUUAUGCCAUUAAGAAGCACUUUGCUGCCACCCACAGCUUGGAGUUCAUGUGGAGGCAGACUUGGGACUCGGAUUCCAGCACAGACAUCUUUUGCCACAUGAUGCCCUUCUACAGCUAUGAUGUCCCUCAUACCUGUGGCCCAGAUCCCAAGAUCUGCUGCCAGUUUGAUUUCAAACGCCUGCCCGGUGGACGCAUCAACUGCCCUUGGAAAGUGCCACCCCGGGCCAUCACAGAGGCCAAUGUGGCAGAAAGGGCAGCCCUGCUCCUAGACCAGUACAGGAAGAAGUCCCGGCUCUUCCGAAGCAAUGUCCUCUUGGUGCCACUGGGCGAUGACUUCCGAUAUGACAAGCCCCAGGAAUGGGAUGCCCAGUUCUUCAACUACCAGCGGCUCUUUGACUUCCUUAACAGCAAGCCUGAACUCCACGUGCAGGCCCAGUUUGGCACCCUCUCUGACUAUUUUGACGCUCUAUACAAGAGGACAGGCGUGGAACCAGGGGCCCGGCCCCCAGGGUUUCCUGUGCUAAGCGGGGAUUUCUUCUCCUACGCGGACCGUGAGGACCAUUACUGGACAGGCUAUUAUACUUCCAGACCUUUCUACAAGAGUCUGGACCGAGUCCUAGAAGCCCACCUUCGGGGGGCAGAGAUUCUGUACAGCCUGGCUGUGGCCCACGCCCGCCGCUCUGGACUAGCCAGCCGGUACCCACUGUCUGACUUCACCCUCCUGACGGAAGCUCGGCGCACACUGGGGCUCUUUCAGCACCAUGACGCCAUCACUGGAACUGCCAAGGAGGCAGUGGUGGUGGACUAUGGUGUCAGGCUCCUGCGCUCCCUCGUUGGCCUGAAGCAGGUUAUCAUCAAUGCAGCUCAUUAUCUGGUGCUAGGGGACAAGGAUACCUACCACUUUGACCCUGAGGCACCCUUCCUCCAAAUGGAUGACACCCGCUUAAAUCAUGAUGCCCUGCCAGAGCGUACAGUGAUCCAGCUGGAUUCCUCACCCAGGUUUGUGGUGGUGUUCAACCCACUGGAACAGGAGCGGCUCAGUGUGGUGUCCCUGCUGGUCAACUCACCCCGUGUGCGUGUCCUUUCAGAGGAGGGUCAGCCCCUGGCUGUGCAGAUCAGUGCACACUGGAGAUCUGCCACGGACAUGGUCCCUGAUGUCUACCAGGUAUCUGUGCCCAUCCGUCUGCCAGCCCUGGGCCUGGGUGUGCUGCAGCUACAGCUGGGCCUGGAUGGGCACCGCACACUGCCCUCCUCUGUGCGAGUCUACUUGCAUGGCCGGCAGCUCUCUGUGAGCAGGCAUGAUGCAUUUCCUCUCCAUGUCAUUGACUCGGGAUCCAGUGACUUUGCCCUCAGCAACCGCUACAUGCAGGUCUGGUUCUCAGGCCUUACUGGGCUCCCAAAGAGCAUCCGAAGGGUGGAUGAGGAGCAGGACCAGCAGAUGAACAUGGAAUUCCUCAUCUAUGGCACUCGUACAUCCAAGGACAAGAGUGGAGCUUACCUCUUCCUGCCUGACGGAGAGGCCAAGCCCUAUUCCCCCAAGGACCCCCCUGUGCUGCGUGUCACUGAAGGCCCUUUCUACUCAGAGGUGGUUGCCUACUAUGAGCAUGUUCACCAGGUGGUCCGGCUUUAUAACCUGCCUGGGGUGGAGGGGCUGUCUCUGGAUGUGUCAUCCCUGGUGGACAUCCGGGACUAUGUCAACAAGGAGCUGGCCCUGCGCAUCCACACAGACAUUGACAGCCAGGGAACCUUCUUCACAGACCUCAAUGGCUUUCAGGUGCAGCCCCGGAGGUAUCUAAAGAAGCUGCCCCUGCAGGCUAACUUCUACCCCAUGCCAGUUAUGGCCUACAUCCAGGAUGCACAGAAGCGCCUCACACUACACACUGCUCAGGCCUUGGGCGUCUCCAGCCUCAGGGAUGGCCAGCUGGAGGUGAUCUUGGACCGUCGGCUAAUGCAGGAUGACAACCGGGGACUAGGUCAAGGGCUCAAGGACAACAAGAGAACCCGCAACUGUUUCCGCCUCCUCUUAGAACGUCGAACCGUGGGCAGUGAGCCAGGCUAUUUCUCCAAACUGGCAGCCAUGUUUAGGGACUUGAUCUUUCACAGCAGCAGGAGCAGUGACCAAGAGGUCCAAGAAGGCCGCUCUACCAGCUACCCAUCCCUCCUCAGCCACAUGACCUCCAUGUACCUGAAUACCCCUGUGCUUGCCCUGCCCGUAGCCAAGAGGCAGCUCCCAGGCUCCAGUCUGCACUCAUUUCAUCCUCUGGCUUCCGCACUGCCCUGUGACUUCCACUUGCUCAACCUACGUACGCUUCCAGGCGAGGAAGAUAACUUGCCCUCAGCAGACACUGCAUUUAUCUUACACCGCAAGGGUUUUGACUGCAGUCUUGAGGCCAAGAACUUGGGCUUCAACUGUACCACAAGCCAGGGCAAGGUAGCCCUAGGUAGCCUUUUCCAUGGCCUGGAUGUGGGAUUCCUACAGCCAACCUCCUUGACACUAUUGUACCCUCUAGCCUCACCCUCCAACAGCACUGACAUCUAUCUGGAACCCAUGGAGAUCGCCACCUUUCGCCUCCGCUUGGGUUAAGGCUUCUUGUGGC